AUGGGUGAUUGUCCACGUCAUCCACAUAAUUCAAGAGAAACAUCGACUGUUAUCAUAUCGAAAGAUUCAUGUUCAUUUGUUUAUCAAGAUUUAAUUUUUCAUGUUCAAUCAAUUCAAUUUCAAAUGGCUGAAGUCACCAAAUAUCUUGAUGAUCGAUGGAAAAAUGAAAAGAAGAUACGAAAUGAAUUAAAAUCACGUUCAAUAACAUUUGUUGAUCCAUAUGGAUAUUCCAUAACUAAUAAAUAUAUGGAUCAUGAACUGAUCGGCAUAUUAUUUAAGAAAUAUAAGAAGGAUUAUGUACCAAAAUAUUUACAAAACUGGAUUAAAAUUGGAACAAUAAAUCAAAAUAUUAUUUUGCCAUUAAUUGAUUUGGAACUGAAAUUGUCUGUAUCUAAAUAUCCAGAUGGUUAUCGAUUUAUUACAUAUGGUAACUUGAAAAUCUUGAUAGUAUAUCGUGAAGAUGCAUCACAUCAACAAUUGAUCCUACCAGUUCUUCUAACAGAUACUAUAGAAAAGAUUCAAAUGCAAAUACAGAAACUUCAAAAAUUGUCAAAUAUAGAACUUAAAUCAUUUAUAUUAAAUAAAAAUUUGCAAACAAAUAAACAACCGUGGAAUGAAGGUAAAAUACUCAAAGUAGAUGACACCGUCUUGUCAUCUAAGUUAUAUGAAGAUAAUUGUAUCAUUAUAGCAAAAAUUCUUCAAGAAAACAAUGAUGUUACAAAAUCAAUUGCUCGAUUUCAAAUUUUUGUGAAAACUUUUACUGGAAAGACGAUUACAUUAAACGUUGAUUCUAGCAUGAAUAUAGGUUUUGUGAAAGAAUUGAUAAAAGACAAAGAAGGUAUUCAUUCUGAUCAGCAACGUUUAUUAUUUGCUGGAAUACAGCUGGAAGACCAUCGAACUCUUUCAGACUAUAAAAUAGAAGAGGAAUCAACAAUUCAUAUGUCUCCACGUUUACAUGGUGGAAUGUAUCAUUUUACGAGUGGUCGACAAGAUUUUGAAAGUUUACCAAAUUCAGCAGCGGAAGCAAUCAAAGCUGUUCUUGCUUUCGAAUUUAAACAUAUGAAUAAUUAUAAACGUUUGUCACCAGCUGAACUACAAAAUUCUCUUUUACAAGGACAAGCUGUCCUUUUCAACUUAUUUUGUAAAACCCAAGAUUUUUCUGUAACUGGUGACCUUUCGCAUUUAAGAAACAUUAUAUUAUCGACUCCUGCUGAUGAUGAUGAAGAUAAUAUCUCAAAUGAGCAAUGA